GGGCGGCUUCGUUGUGCACUUUCACUUUCGCGUUCAGAUCUCCUCUUCCAUUUUGAUUUGGCAACAGUGUCUCCACAUCGGCAGUAUCAGGUUGAAAAAUAUGGCAGAAGCAAAACCAGGGUUGAGGAAGCCAGUCUUCACCAAGGUUGACCAACUUCGCCCGGGCACAAGUGGGCACACUUUAACUGUGAAGGUGGUUAGCACUAAGAUGGUGCUACAAAAGGGUCGUCCUGAUGGUCCUCAACCUCGUCAGAUGCGAAUUGCUGAAUGUUUGGUGGGUGAUGAGACAGGAAUGAUCAUAUUCACUGCAAGAAAUGACCAAGUGGACACGAUGAAAGAAGGUUCAACUGUUACCCUGCGCAAUGCUAAAAUUGACAUGUACAGAGGAUCCAUGAGGCUUGCUGUGGACAAGUGGGGCCGUGUUGAAGUCGCAGAGCCUGCAAGCUUCACCGUUAAGGAGGAUAACAACUUAUCCUUGAUCGAAUAUGAACUGGUGAAUGUUGUUGUGGAGUGAAAUUUCAAUUUCUACUGUCUUCCAAUGAGAAUAAAACAAAUCGAGCACAGUAAUCUACUUCUGUCCAUGGGACAUCUGUUCAUGCUUAUGGAAAAUUCUCCUUAGGAAAAGAGAUUUGGGAAACUGGUUGUACUGAGAUGCUUCAUACUGCUGCAGCUGCGUGGAUCGAUCCUUAUGUUGAACCACUGAAACAGGUUAACAUCAGUUAGUGGAACAAAAUAAGGGCUUCCAGAUCUUAUCUUUUGUUUUAGUGUCUAUUAGUAUUUAUUUUGGAUUCUGUGUAUUUUCAUUUCUAGAUACCUUGAAUCAUAUGUAUCAGAACUUAAUUUAUGGAAGGUCAGUGUCUAUACUUAA